AUGUCGAAACCAUCUAAAGCAUCUAAGUUUACUCGCGCAGAUACCGAAUUGAUGAGGGCCAUCAUCGAGCAGGUUUCAAGAAAGGAAAUUGGCAAAUUGGUCGACUGGGAAGCUAUCGGAGGACAGCUGGGUGGUCUGAAAGUAGCCGCUGUUCAUAAGCGGUGGUCCCGUUUGAAUAUCGAGAUGCGCAAGGGCGUUGUUUGUGACGAGGCGGAAGAGGCUGGUACGGAUGAUUCAGAUGAGGUUAAAAGUCAAAGCGGAGGCGAAGGUAAUAGCGAUGGCGAUGGUGGCGGCGAUAAUCAGAAAACCAACACCAUCAAGAUGAGUGGCGGAAAGGUCGUUGCCAAGGAGACUGUCGGUGGAAAAGCUGUUACUAAGGAGACUGAGAAGGGGAAGGCCGCAGCCAAGAAGGGCAAUAGCAAAACUCCUGUCAACGUUAAGGCUAUCACUUCAAAGGGAAAGGGUGGCAAGGUCAAGGCUACUCGGGAUACUGUGAAGGCUGAGGUUGCAGCUGAUGCUGCGGCUAAGAAGAAAGCAGCCGAAGAAGAUGCAGAUGAGGAUGAGGAUGAGGAUGAUGAGGACGAGGAUAAUUAG